AUGGCUCAAGUCAACUGGCGCUCGAUCAACAUCGACGCUCUGGAUCCCGAAUCCUCGUCCAACUUCGAUCUCUCUACCCUGACUCCUGCCGUCCAACCCGUCAGCUCACAAGACGUCCAAGCCCUCAGCGGCCAGAUCAGACAACUAUGGCGCGGAGGUGAUGCCGAAGGUGCUCUUCGCGGUGCUCUGGAGAAUGCUCCUUACGGUGCCGAUGCUCAGUCCAAGGACUCCUAUAUGCAGACCGUCACCGAAGUUCUGCAACAAGUCCGCACUGCCGACAUGGCUCCCAUCUUGCAACGCAUCUACACAUCCGACGGCGGCUCAGAGCUUUGCGAUGUUUUGAUGAAGUACCUUUACAAGGGCAUGGCCUCCGGUGCCUCUACCAGCAACCCCUCCAAGAACGUCACACCACAAGCCACCGGCUUCUCACAAGUCCAACCGCGCAACACUGCUGAGGGCCAGGGUGGAAACAUGGGUGUCUUUUUGACUUGGCACGAGAAGGUGAUCGAAGUUGCCGGCCCCGGUUCAAUCGUACGCGUCAUGUCAGACCGCAGAACUGUUUAG